AUGAAGCAUAUCAUCUUCUUUUCCCUCUUGGUACUAUCUGCUCAUAUCUUUUUCAUCGCGGCUUCAGCUCAAUCACCUGCAGCAGCACCUAAACCUCCUGCAAAACCUGCGCCUGUCACACCAGCUCCGGCAGCAGCACCAGCAAAACCAUUAGUCCCUUCAUUACCUCAAUCACCCUCCUCCGAUUCUUCAGGUCAAGACAUCAUCAAAAUCCUAAGGAAAGCGAAAUCAUUCAACACUCUAAUCCGGUUGCUGAAAACCACACAAAUCAUUAACCAAAUCAACGCGCAAUUAGUGACAACAAAAUCUGGCGGUUUAACCAUUCUUGCACCCGAUGAUGGUGCUUUUUCACAGCUUAAAGCCGGAUACUUCAAUUCCCUCGGCGAACGACAACAGAAAGAACUGAUACAGUUUCAUGUUCUUCCUGUUUAUGUCUCAAGCUCAAACUUUGAUUCACUAAGUAACCCUGUGCUGACACUUGCAAGUGAUAGUCCUUCUGGUUAUCAAAUGAAUGUGACAGCUUAUGGAAACAAUGUGAACAUUUCAACUGGGUCUGUUAAUGCUACACUCACAGGGAUUGUAUAUUCUGAUAAGACACUUGCUAUAUACCAUGUUGAUAAGGUGCUUAUUCCUUUGGAUUUCUCUAAGCCUAAAGCUCUAGCUCCUGCUCCUACAAUAGCUAAAGCACCUAAAGGUGCUAAGGAUUCAUCUUCAGAUGAUGAUCAGGGUGAGACAACUAAGGCUACUUCUGGUGCUAUCAAUUUGAUUAGCCUUCAAGGAACAAUGUUUGUGUCCCUUUUUGUUGGUUUAGUUGCAGCUAUAGUUAUCUUCGGUUGA